AUGGCCUUGACCAAGCUGUCCCUCGCGCUCCUCGCCCUGGCCGGGAGCGUCAUGGCCGACCUGCAACCCAUCGAGAUGAAGGGUUCCAAGUUCUUCUACAAGAACGGCACCCAAUUCUUCAUGAAGGGUGUCGCCUACCAGCAGGACUCGUCGGCGGCCGGCGCCACCAACAACAACGAAAACGCGACCUAUGUCGACCCCUUGGCCGACACCAACGCCUGCAAGCGCGACGUUCCUCUUCUCAAGGAGCUCGGCACGAACACGAUCCGCACCUACGCCAUCGACCCGACGUUGAACCACGACGGCUGCAUGAAGCUGCUGCAGGACGCCGGCAUCUACGUCAUCUCGGACCUCGGCGAGCCCGGCCUGUCCAUCAACCGCGACAACCCCGAGUGGAACACGGAGCUCUUCAACCGCUACCAGCGCGUCGUCGACAACCUCGCCAAGUACUCCAACGUCAUCGGCUUCUUCGCCGGCAACGAGGUGAGCAACAACAGGAGCAACACGGACGCGUCGGCCUACGUCAAGGCGGCCGUCCGCGACACCAAGGCCUACAUCAAGUUCCGCAACUACCGCUGGAUGGGCGUCGGCUACGCCGCCAACGACGACGUCGACAUUCGUCAGGAGAUUGCCGACUACUUCAACUGCGGCCCCACCACCGACUCCAUCGACUUCUGGGGCUACAACAUCUACUCGUGGUGCGGCGAGAGCGACAUGGAGAAGUCGGGCUACACGAAGCAGACCGAGUUCUUCCAGAACUACUCGGUGCCCGUCUUCUUCGCCGAGUACGGCUGCAACCUGCCCGACGGCGCCGAGAACCGCAUCUUCCAGGAGACCGAAGCCCUGUACUCGGACGCCAUGACGCCCGUCUUCUCCGGCGGCAUCGUCUACAUGUACUUCCAGGAGACCAACGACUACGGUGUCGUCAAGGUUGGCAGCGACGGCAAGGCGACCAAGCAGAAGGACUUUAGCGCCCUCAAGACGCAGGUCAACAAGGCCGACCCCAAGGCCGUCGACCGCGACUCGUACACGUCGAGCAACAAGCCCGCCAACUGCCCCACCCUCUCGGACACGUGGAAGGCCAGCGGCAAGAAGCUGCCGCCGACGCCCGACGUCGCCCUCUGCGACUGCAUGUCCAAGUCGCGCUCCUGCGUCAAGUCCAAGAACCUCGGCGAGAAGAGCUUCGGCGCCAUCUUCGGCUUCAUCUGCGGCGCCGAUCCCGAGAUCUGCACCGCCAUCAAGGGCAACGCCUCGACGGGCGUGUACGGCGCCUACAGCAUGUGCACCGACGCCCAGAAGCUCAACUACGUGCUCGACGCCUACUACCAGAAGCAGAGCAUGUCCUCGUCGGCCUGCGACUUCAAGGGCCAGGCCGUCGUCCAGGCGGCCGCCCAGGACAGCAGCUGCACCACGAGGCUGAACAACGCGGCCGACAUCAACAAGCAGGCGGCCAAUGCAGCCAACGGCACCGGCGACAGCGACUCGCCCGCCGUCCUCGGCGCCCCCAUGGCCCGCCUCUUCUCCGUCGGCGGCUUCGCCGUUAGCUUCUACAUGCUGGCGGCGAUGCUCGCCGGCGUCGCCGUCACGGCGCUGUGA